ACUGUAGCGCCCGUGCUCCACUGAAAGUGUCUGGCUCCUCUCUUCAGAGGCAGUGCGAGCGGACAAGGGGGCGGACCGGCGAAAGGAAACUUGACAGAAAAUAAUAGCUGCCACUCCGCUGACCUCCAUACAGUUGCUGAUAAUUUCCAGUAUUAGUAUUUCUCUGAGAACAGGCAACUGUGCUCACUGAAGACGCGCGAGCGGCUGUGGUGGAGGCGCGCCCAGAGUAGGAAUAACGUUAGCAGGCAAACUGAGAGAAAGGUGAGGUCAAGGCACCUUUGGGAAGAACAGACGGAGGGCAGUAACAAGUCAGCGCGCUCAGCUACAGGUAGCACUACGUUAGCUGUCGUGGCAAUAGAUAUCAAAGUACAGGCGGGUCAUGCGGAUCUCUCCGGUCGCUGAUCGGAGCGCAGCGUCGCAGCAGUAAACGGUGGGGAGAGAGACAAGAAAAGGAAAACAGAAGAACCAGACCGCUUCUAUCACUCCGUCCAAGCGGUCUCCUGGUCACAGGGAAGAGCAGCCAUGUCGCGGAGAAAGCAGAGCAAACCCCGGCAGAUAAAGCGUUCCCUUGGUGAUCUCGAUGGUGGUGAUGAAAACACACCAGACAACCUCAGCCUAUCCGGAGAGGAUGGAGGAGCCUCAGACCCAGAUGAUUCAGCAGAAGGUGACAGCUCCAGCCCCUUGCCAUACACACCACUGUACGAUGAAGAACCCAGGAUGCAGGACUCUCAAGGAGGCCUUGAUAAUGAAGAGGUGGAUGAGGCGGAGCAAGGUUUAACACACAGCAGCAGAGAGGAGCAAGAGGAAGGGACAGAAGAGGAAGAGGUGUUACCAUGGAGGGGUCCAGAUGACUUGGAGUUGAGUAAAGAUGGCUGUGACAGCAGGGUGGUGGCUGGCAGGGACCUUCAUCCAGACACAACUUGGGGCCCCUAUCCAGGAAUCCUGCAAUCAGAGGGCAGCACAGAUGAUCAGGAGGCAGAGACCUCUCAGCUGACUCUUGUGUUUGGAGAUCCAGACUGUUGGAUCAGUCUCCUCCCUCUUACCACUGACACCUCAGCAGCAAACUGCCUAAUCUACAGCCAAGGUGAUGAGUUGUUCUGUAAGGUGACCAGAGAGCUUGUGGCUGGUGAAGGGCUCUUGGCUUCACUGACGCCACCUAAGGGCUCCUCCUCUUCCCCGCUGGCUCAGCCUUCUCCCCCACUGAGCCUCAUCACACAGAAACAACCUGUAGUGAAGGAGGAGCCACUUUACCCAACAGUGCUGCGCUCAGACAUUCAACUCCUCCCACAGCAAGCUGGCAUGGCCGCCAUCUUGGCUACUGCAGUUGUCAAUAAGGACAUCUUCCCAUGCAAGGACUGUGGGAUUUGGUAUCGCAGUGAGAGGAACUUGCAGGCACAUCUUAUGUACUACUGUGCCAGCCGUCAGAAGCAGCCAGCAGCAGCCUCGUCUCCGCCACAAGACAAACCCAAGGAGUCCUACCCCAAUGAACGCAUCUGCCCCUUUCCACAAUGCAACAAGAGCUGCCCCAGUGCCAGCUCACUGGAGAUCCACAUGCGCACACACAGUGGUGAGCGUCCAUUUGUCUGUCUCAUCUGUCUGUCAGCCUUCACCACUAAAGCAAACUGUGAGCGCCACCUUAAGGUACACACAGACACACUGAACGGGGUGUGUCAUGGCUGUGGCUUCGUCUCCACCACUAGGGACAUUCUCUACAGCCAUCUGGUCACCAGCCACAUGGUUUGCCAGCCUGGAUCCCACAGUGAGGUCUACUCCCCUGGGCCAGGCCUUCCCAAGCUGCCCCUUUCCACUGGUCUCAGUCCUGGAGAUUCUGGUGUGGUGCUGAAGUGUCAAGUGUGCGGCCACAACUCUGACUCGCCGGCCCAGCUUCAGCAGCAUGUACGAACCCACCUAGAGGUUAGGGUCCUGGCAGAAAGGAGCCCCACCCCUCGCCAAAGUACCCCAUUAUCAGUUGACCACCCCCAGAUCAAGCUCUCUUCCCAGAGGGAGCCCCUAGCUUGUGUCCCAAAGCCAAACUCAUCUAGCCCAGGCACAAACGGUGGCUCAGCCACUCCUCGAGACUAUUGUCCGACUGAUGUCCCAGCCACUGAUCUAAAGAUCAAAGAGGAGCCUCAUUCAGAUACUGAGACCGAAGAACAUAAAUUGAAGAUUAAAGAGAAUGGUGAGGAGGAGGACAAUGGUGAAGAGGAGGGGGACCAAGAAGCAGGAAGGAAGACAAAAGACGUACAAACCCCCACCUCCUCAGGUCAGACAUCAAACUCUCCAAAAAGUCCAGCCACCGCAACUGUGAAGGCAGAACCAACUAGUCCCACCCCUGGCUCUAGCCCUGCCCAUGCAGGAGGCACAGGGUCAGUUCUUCCAGAAGGAGCAAUGUUCUUGUCUCAGUACAUGUUUAACCCUGAGUCAGCCAUUUUGCCUCAGGCUUCAGAGAUACUGGCAAAAAUGUCAGAGAUGGUCCACAGCCGUCUGAAACAGGGUCAGGCACUUCCUACAAACAACCCAGCCUUCUUCCCCUCUGGACCAACUGUACCAACAGCCACAGCCACUCCGCCCCACAAGGGAGCUACCUGCUAUGAGUGUGAUAUCACAUUUAAUAACAUUAACAAUUUUUAUGCACAUAAAAGGCUGUACUGCUCCAGCAGACACCAUGGAGAAGGUGCAACCUCAGCUUCAGGCCUUGGUUCAACAAGGGAUGCAGCCCCAGCCACGGUGCCUUCCAGCGGGGCACAGGGCUCAACUACUUCUCCUCAGGGUGGAGCAGCAAGUAGAGCAGCCUCUGCCUCACCCGCUGAUUCUGACCCUCCUGCAGGGAGUGGAGCGACAGAAUCUAGGAGGGUGGUAGAAGUGAAGACAGAAACCCCUGUGGUGAGAGAGGGAAUAUCCUCUUCUUCGGAAGGGGAAGGUGGCGGUGGAAGUGUUGGAGGAGGAGGUGGAGAAGGAAGAGCGAGUGAAGGCAGCCAGAGUCCUGCUAGUGGUUCUGUAGAGGACCUAGAAGAUGAUCCAAAUAGAACCUUCUGCGAGGCCUGUAACAUCCGUUUCAGCCGCCAUGAUAACUAUACUGUUCACAAACGCUUUUACUGUGCAUCUCGCCAUGACCCAUCGAACCAGCGAUCCUCACACAUUACCAAGGCAUCCACCUCAGCAGCCUUUCUUCCACAGCCUAUUCGCACACGCAAGAGGAAGAAAAUGUACGAGAUUCACAUGGCCAGAACUGAAGCCCUAGCCAGUGCGGCAGCCGCAGCUGCAGCUGCAGCUGCUGUCACUGCUGCUGCCUCUGCCCCGUCCCCCUCCAUUCUGGGCUUGGCAGUAAAGCAAGAAGAUUCUCCCAGCGGAGCAGGCAGCUCCAGCCCCGAAAGAGAUGGCCCAAUUGAUCUGAGCAAGAGGCCUCGUCUCAGAGAGGUUCCACAGCAGAGCGGUAGCAGUAUUCUCCCUGCCCUGCCACUUAGUGAUUACCACAAGUGCACUGCCUGCAGUAUCAGCUUCAACAGCAUUGAGAAUUAUCUUGCUCACAAAACAUACUAUUGCCCUGCCACCACCCUUCAGCCCCACACCUUGGAACAGCUUCAUAGGCUUAAGAGAUCAGCCUCUACCUCUCCCAAAAGCAGACCUCAGCAGGAAUUCUCAGAUCUUCUGCACCCAAUAGAGGCUAAAGCUCUCCCUGCUGAAUGGGUUGUUCAGACUCAAGGCACAUCAUCCAGUCCUCAUCCCUCUUUCUUACCUGCCUCCAAUACCACAUCUCCACCCCAUACUACCACCACACUUGCAGCCACCCCAGGAGCUGGAGCCAAAGGUGUAGGCGCUAGUUCCCCUCAGGUGAUCUGCCCCUACUGCCCUAACAGGCUUCAAGCCUGUGACCUGAUGGAACACUUCAAGACUACCCACGGCCUGGUUGUAACCAUUCAGCCACCACAGGAGGCCCUGCCCCAGUGUGGCAGCACAGUCAGCUGUAGCCCCAGUCUCAGUCCUAGGGAUGGAGCUACUGCAACCUCCUCCUCCGCCCCAACCUGUGUCCUCAGACCGGCCUCCCGAGUGCACAGAGAUGGCAUCAACGGACAGGCAAGGAGCGGUACAACUUCUCCUGUGUCCCCACUGGUAAACGGCAGUCCUUCAGCUGGGGAUGGAUCACCCUCGACCGGCUCACCUUCAGCCGCCUCACCUCUGCCCAUGUCUCCCACAAGGGCUCCCUCUCUGACUCUGUCACCUGUGUCUGAGAUCCUGCAGGAGGCAAUAGAGUCAUCCCACCUUUCAAACAAGGCUACCCCAACCUUGGCCUCCCAUCCAGUGCCCACGCCCCAACCUUCCUCUGUCCCCAGUCUUAAAACCACAAUGAUCUCCCCUGUCCAGAACGGUAACUCCCGCUUCUGUCGGCUGUGCAACAUCAAGUUCAGCAGCCUCUCCACAUUCAUAGCUCAUAAGAAAUACUACUGCUCUUCCCACAGUGCUGAACACGUCAAAUGAGUAGUUCCCUCUUCCUCCUUCAUUUCCUUUAUUUCUCUCAGUGGAGGCUUUCCUUCCCUAAGUUCUCAAAAACUCAGAUGCCCCUGUCUUUUGUGGGUGCCAAAAUGGCACUUAGCUGGCAUGACCAUGAAUGACGAUGAAUGACUGUUACACAUCUGGUGGGGCCUGAUGCCCAACUGCUCCAGAGCAGAGUUUGCAGGUGGUGUUAUUUACAUAUAUUAACUGAUAUUCCUCCACCUAUUGGUCAAGGUUGGUGAGACCGAUGGUACCUGCACACACCAGUGUGACCUCGUCCUCUAGAUCACUCUCUGUCUUAGCACCUCAGUCCCCAAUUAAACAUCUACCACUCCCAAGCCUCAUAGUCUUUUUGCAUUAUGGUAAGUUAAGAUCUAUAUCAGCAACCUCUGCUCUGUCUCUGUUGAACUUAGUUCAAAAUGGCAGUCAUUAGAUUCUUAUUGAUGGAGGCACUUCUGACUGAUGAUGAUUCAGUAAUGAUGAAGCUGAUCUUCAGUCUUUUCCUGAGCUCUUCACGUUCCAGACCUAAAUGGAGGAAUCAUUUAUGUUGUGUGGAAAAGACUUGAUUGUUGUUAAUGUUUUUAUUAACUGUGCAUAGUAUAUGAUGUCUGAAAAAAAGAAUUCUAUAAUGCUUUUAGUUUCAACACUGGCUCUUUUUGCUUACUAGAGAAGUAAAGGUGUUUUUAACUGAAAAAGAAAUAUGCGGUAUCACAAUGUUACUAAUUACUGAAGGAUAAUAUUUCACAAUGGACUGUUUUCCUUUUCUUACAUACACACAAUUUUUUUAUUUUCUCUUUAAAAUACAAGGGAGAAAAAUGUGAAAUAUUUAUCUUCUAUCUUUUAGUCCUCACUGAUUUCAUGUCAACAGAAGACUACCUAGUGAUGUUUGGUGUCAGAGAGUAUUUGUAUUUUUUAUUUGUAUAUUUUUCAUACUGUUGGAAGGAACUAUUUGGAUCUGGGUGUGUUGAAGUGUAUUUUCUAAGUGUAGAUAUGUAAUAUCUUCUCACAGUAAUCACUGGGAUCACACUGAACUUUAUUAUCAUGUUAGCAUUUGGUGUUCUGUUUAUGUAGUCUUUAAUUGAUGGUAAGGGUAAGGUCUGAAAACCAGCGCUUUGUUUAUUUUCAUCCUCUCUUGUACCUUGGAGAUUAGCAACAUGAUUAGAUCAGAACAGCUUUCUCACUCACAUCAGAAAGCUAAGAGAGUGCUUCUGAUACUGCUGUAUUUACACUUUGGUGAGAGUAAUAUAGUAUAGUACUCAGAAUUUAGGUUAUCCAAUAUCCAAAUUUCCAAUAAAAGUCUAUCUUUAGUUACCAGACUCCAUACCAUGCAAAUUAAAGCUUCGAAGGAUACACAGCUUCACGUGUGCCAUUUCAGACAUUUACUGAGGAGUACACAAUACACAUCAGUUCUAUAAUGUCUAAUACACAUCUUUCAAUAUGUUUCAUUUUCUAUUAGUUUAAUGACUGUAUUUCUGUCCGGUAAUGAAGGCAUAGCAAGGAAUAGUCACCUCUUAGUAUAACAUCUCACACAGUAGAGUAAGCACAUAUAUAGAAAAAAAAAACACUUAUUGAGGCUCGUGGUGUAUGUUUGAGAGAGCUGUACUCUUCCUCUUUCACUUUAUUUCUCAGUCACUCAUUCACACACAGUUUAUGCCAAGUUCCCAUGCUGCUGUUUGCAUUUGCAUUCUGGCAUUUGUUAGAACUGUGAAAUACGUUUUACCCCAAUACUGAUGCAAACUUGUGAAUGGAAGGGCUUAUUUUAAAGCAUUAAAGCCCAGACUUCAUUUUGAAUUGAAGCUGCCAAAAGCCAAUUUUGCAACCAGGUGCUGAUUUUUUUUUUGCCUCCAAAUUUUACAAUAAACAAACAUUAUCCUGGGGAUUUUCCUCAUUGUGCAGGAACUGAGGCCAAAACUCACACACAAUGAAAGGGAGAGGGGGAACACGUGGACCAGCUGUUAUUGGACAUUUUCAACUAAAAUCUGGUAUCAGUCUAACUGUAAACUUAAACACAGGACCUCUGUGUUUGUCUGCUACAAAAACUGGAAACUAAAUGUAAAAGUGAAGGAUUUUUAACAUAAUUCAGAACAUCUGUUUUAACAUUUUCUGCUCUGAUGUUGGUUGUAACUGCACUGCACCAGACAGCUUCAACUACUAAGUGUUUACAAUUGUGCUGGUCUCUCUCUGUUCUUAAAAGGAGAGAGGAAAUACAGAAAAAUGUCACAGAGCCAUGUUGACUGGUCGCAAAUUGAGAAACUGAGCUCUGGAAAGUCGUCAUUUAAACAUAUCCCCAUUUAAUUGCACUGUGUUGUUUAAAAUGUGCUGAAUGUUUUAGUUUUAGGGACUUUUUUGUCAUAUAUUUAUGUCAUGCAGAACUUUUCCCUGUCCAAAAUGCUUUUACUGUUCUACCUUGAAGGACUCUGAAAGAUUUAAUCCCCCACAGACAACUUCUUUUUCUUAGAUGCAAACAUGCUUUGCUAAUAAUUCCUCUGAUGUCCUGUCCAUAAUGAAGAAAAUCACAUUGAAUGUCUAAUUUUUUUUUUUCCAUAUUUUAAUUUCAUUUCAGUUUCACUACAGUCGUGUCCAAACUAUGCAUGGGAAAUAAAAAAGUUCUGAGAGACAC